AUUCAAAGAUUCGUCUUUCGGUCGUGCAACACUCAACUACUACUUACUUGCCAAGCAAACAGCUUUUAAUCGCGUCGUGUUCUGCUUAACAGCAUAUAAAAAUUACCCGUGCUCGUCUUUCACACGGAUACGCUGCUGCCGGACUAAAUAAAGUUUGUUCGUUCAAACUUUGGAAUUUAAAAUUUUUGUUUUUUUGUUUGUUUUUGGUUUUGUAGUUUUGUGCCUUACGGCAACGGAUACUGCAAUUUUCUUUACUUGAGUAAUACCAUUGUUUUUUGGUGUGUCUAGUAAAUUGCACUUUGCCAGUGCUAUAAAGCACGACUUGCAAUUGUGACAGCGAUUUGCUAAAUUAAAAAAAAAAAAAUAUAUAUAAAAAAUAGCACAAACUUAAAACAACGACAAAGCAAAAUAAUUAUAAAAACGAAUUUAAUGUGCAAAGUUUUGUAAUGCUAAGCGUAACAAAAUUUUUUGCGCUCAUUUAUUACAGUGUCAUUGUUGUGUGAAAACACUGUGAAGCGAACCAUUCUGCACGCCGGCGCGAAUUGUGCUUACAUUUCAAAGACAAUGUUGAGUGAUACUUAGGAUGCUGUCACUUUCUUGGUUGGAUUGAUUGAUUAAGUGCGAUAAGGUGCAGACAAAUUUUGUUGAUAUACUAGUCCUUUCAACGAGCGCCUCGAUAGUUGUUUACACAAAAUUAUAAAACUAAGUGAUUGGACCCUUGCAGCUGUGGAUUAAAAAACCCACAAAAUGAAGCGAAAACUUUUUAUUUGCUGUUUCAUUAUUGUCAUUUUUACUGUCCACUCUGAAACAACCAGCGAAAUCAAAUCAACCGCGAGCAACGUUGAGCUGACUUCGGUAGCAUCGCUACCUGAGACUACAUCGCUUACAUCAACUUUAGCCACAUCGCCAACGUCCGACGAAACGGCGAAAGAUAAACGUCAAAUUGGCGCUAAAGAUGAAGCUGUUUAUGCGAAUCACCGCUCCGACACUAUUGGCGCUGACGAUCCGGAAAAUCCACAGGAAACCAUUUAUGGCCCAAAACCAACUCAAUUCAUCAUACGUCCUAUCGCACCGCAUGAACACCAGCAGCACGAAGAUCAUCAGCCGCCGCAGUUGCGUAAUUAUCCGGCAACAAUACGGCCACAUAGCACACAAUUACUGGAGCAGAGUCAAGAGAUCCAACAUUUUGCAUACCUCCAAGACAUCAACCGUAACCACCCGAAAUCGUCUGCCGUCGCUUCUGAAUUAACCGGAAAGCCACACACUGCGCACCAACCGAAGAAAGGUACCAAAUCAGGACGCGUUCACGCAGCACAGCCACAGUACCGCGGCAACGCCGAAGAAGCCGAGCAACGUUAUGCUAUCGCCAUACAGCCACCCAAUCCAACAUCCGCACAAGCGCCACAUUAUGCAGCGCCACCCCAACAGAUUGCUCCACGUUACCAGGUUCCGGUGCAACAACAUCAGCAACAUUUGGCGCCUUUAGGCCAACCAGGCACAUCACAACAGCCCUACCAAAUUAUACCUGAAGAAGAAUUUCUAAAACUUUUAGAAGAUGAAUUGCGUGCACGUGCUUUUCACGAAGCCCAAUACCGUCAGCAACAAACUGCACCAGCUCCAGCACCUACUAAACCGCUACCCUUGCCACAUCCCACUCAACGCAUCGGUCAAGGUUUAGGCAGUUAUCGUCAACAAGCGCCACCACAGCCCCAAUCGCAUGGCGAAGAGCCCUCGCCCGAAUACGUACAAUAUGUACCAAGACACCGCGGCGGCCCCAAAUAUCUGCCACAGCCUCAGCCGCAGCCACAACAGCAACAAGUCGAACCGCAAGCCGAACCGGCAGCAGAGGUGCCGCCUCCUCCACAGAUACCACCGCAGCUGGCCUACUAUCAACCGCAAGUAAGCUAUAAAACCUUGCCAAAUCACCCGCUAGCAAAGUCAUCAUUGGAGAAUGAAAUUGAAAAACUGCUGGCCGCAAAUAAGCCUUCAACCGGGCAAUUGACGGAUAAUUCUAACGAACCCUCUGGCGUAGUACAUCAACAAUAUCAAGCGCCACAACAGCAAUUGCAACCGCGCCCGAUACAGCGUCCACGUCCACAUGCGGUACAGCAGAAAAUUUAUUCGUCACCAAGCGGUUCACAACCCACACCCACACCCCUGGUAGAUGCCAACAAUCAACCAUUUAUACCGUCUUUAUUUAGAUUCAGCAACUUACAACAGCCAACGCCCAUCUAUCCAACACAAUUGCCACAGCACGUCGUUGAAUCAAAGAAAUUGGGACCCGUAGUAUAUCCAGCUACGCAGGCGCCCGCUCCCGCACAACAACCACAGCCCACGCAGUAUUUCUAUCAGGAACUAACACCUACAGCCAGACCUAAAUCUCUACGUUCGAAGCAAUAUGGCUCAAAAGUUUCAACUUCCUCACCGAAAUUGCGCGAAAAGGAACCACCAAACUACCCAAAUGUGCCUGCCGCGGCGAAGUAUAUUAACCCACAUUUGUAUUACGAAUAUGAUCGGCAGCCCAAUGGCCGGAGCACGCCUGCACAAUUCCACCCCAGUCCUCCUGAUCCGAACACACCCAUUGCCGGACAACAUCCACAGCCUCAGCCACAAGCACAUAUACAACAACUUUCAGCACCAGCGCCGCCACGAUCACAAGCACACCCAGGUCGACAAUACAUUUUGCCCUCUCCAGCACCAUCGCAAUCGAGUAUUUACGUUUCGCAAGGCACAGGCAUCUCUACACCCACACGUAGCACUGCAGUCAAAACAAAGUCCAUCGAAGAUGUGCGCCAAUUGCAUUUACCACAACCCGGCGGUAAGCCGCUCACACAGAGCGAAUUCCAGGCAUUGAUCGAUGCUGGGUACCCAGUCACAGCUGUGCCCGUGCCAAUACCCGUACCUUACGAGCAGUAUAUCAAAGAGCAUCCCGAGUACCGCAAUCAGCCAGUGGACUAUGCGCAGCUGAUGCAGCGUAUAGCUCAGCAAUAUGGUCCACAUAGAGGACUUCAAGCUCAACCCUCUGAACCAACUGCAAACGUUGUGUCUGCAAUGUCCGACGCACAGAGCGCGGCAGCUAUAGAUGAGGGAAACAUAACAUAUCUACGUCCAGUGCCUGAACCAAAAAGGCAUCCCCGUGAGGAGAAGGAAACAGCAGUCGCUGGGAAGAUGGAUGAAGCCAAACAAUAAUGUGCGAAUAAAUAUACAAAUGUAACAAUAGCUUUUAACUGUAUUCUUCGUCAAGGAAACGAAACAUUAUGUAUAGUCGAGAACAGCACAAUACCGAGCCAAGAAAAGAGCAAUAUUUAAAGUGUGUAUUGAGCAACAAUUAAAAAAAAGUGGACAAUAUUUGGAUAGGCAAGCAUUCGAAACGAAUGGUCAUUCAAUGGCGUGUGCCACAAUUCGGUGCCUGAACUAGAAAGAAUUGAUAUUAUAAAUGCUAUUUGUGUGCAUACCAACUUAUAAAGCAUUAAGUUGAGUACCAGGUUUGAAAAAUAUUGGUGUUCCUGCUUAACAUCACAUUUUUAGUUAAUGUUUAAAUUCGAUGUCCAAUUUGAUUGUUACUUCCAAUUAUCUCACGCCUUCUUAAAUGGUAAUACAAUCGCUUGAUUUGUUUGCUUGGUUUUGAAAAACUUCUGCUAAUUCCAGAAAUCGAUUUUAAUCUGACUUCUUUCUUCUACAACCCAGAAUCAAAAUUAAACAAAAAAUAGAUCCGGUUAAGGUGGUGGAACCACCAACCCGUGGGUUUGCAAAAUUUUGUACUAAUUUGCUAUCAGAAUAGAUUUUCUGUCUUAAUAGUCUCCUGUUCAUAUCCAAAUCUACUGCUCGUUAUAGAAUUUUCAGCCCUUAGUAAAAAUGGCAUGUAUGUAUAAAUUUUUGACCAGUCUUACGAAAGGCGUAUUCUAUGAAAUGAUUGCUGAAGAUCGUAGUUAAUGGGGUUUCUUCGCGCUCCAAAUAAUUCAUCAAUGGUCUUAUUACUUAAUCAGCCUUGAUUGAAUUAUAAAAGAUGCCAAGACCAAGUAAUAUUCUUUGAUAGCAAAGAAUGUUGCCUGAAAAGGCGUAUUGAGUUAGACACUCCUUCAUUCAUCAUUUAUCAUACUUUCAGGUAGUUCUACCAACUGGCAACUUCUUCUUCUUCUGGAUUGGCGCGAUAACCGCUUAAUCAUUUUGACCGAGUUUAACAAAGCGCGCCAAUCGUUUCUUUCUCGUGCUAAGUUGGAAACAUCAAGUGAAUCCAAAUCCUGCUCCACCUGUUCUAUCCAACGCAGAGGAGGCUUUCCUCUUCCACUACUACCUCCAGCUGGUACGACAUCGAAUACUUUCAAAGACGGAGCAUUUGUAUCCAUUCGGACGACAUGGCACAGCCAACGAAGACGCUAGAUCUUUAAUCGCUGCGUUACGUCUAUGUCGUCGAAAAGCUCAUACAGCUCAUCGUUCCAUCAUCUGCGAUAUUCGCCGUUGCCAACGUGCAAAGGUCUAAAACUCUUCCGCAGAAUCUUUCUCUCAAACACGCCUGUCAACUUACACUCCCAUUUUAUCUUCGGGCCGUACGAAAUAUUCAAAUAAAAACUAAAUAAAUAAAUAAAUAUGUGUACAUAUGUAAAAUAAUUUCGGCAUAAAUUAUCAUUUUUGCCCUUUGCUUUCUGCUAAUUUCAUUUUACUUGUGACUCGUUUCAUAGGUCUCUCCACCUGCACAACUAACUAUAUUAUAAAAUUGUAUAAAAUCCGGCUGUGAACAUACAGUGUACGCAACCAUUUGCGCUCUUCGAUAUUCAUCUUAAAAUCAUCUAAACACAUCUACAACGCCCAGAUACUUCGUUUGCAAACGCAGUAAUUUUGCUCUUGGCCCUGUACUCAUUGAUUUUACACUCCACCUGAGCUAAAUCUUAACUCAUCAUGAUCAAUAAUUGUCUAAAGCAUUCCCAUAAUUACCAAGUCAUCGGCUCAUCGGCAUAUGCCACUAUCACUCCUUCCCCAUAAGCAUAAGCAUGAAUAAAAUAAAAAUUCCACCAUCUUCGGUCGCACGCCUACCGAAGUUUCUCGUAUCAAAAAGAAAAGGAGACCUGUUCGGACGGAAAUUCUUAUUCACAUACACUUUUCUAUUUCAAAUUAUUUAUUAUGUAAGCAUAAAAUGUUUACAUAUUCCGUUACUCAGCAAUUUUCUUCAUUAAAAAAAUAUGCAUCCUUAACUCUUUCACGAAAACAUUUUUAUUGG